AUGACUAAAAGUAGAAUAUCCGACUAUACUUCGCUUUACCAGCUUACUAAAAAACUAGGGACAGUUAUAGGAGUAUGGCCUUAUGAAAAAUCAAACAUUUUUUAUCGGCUUGUGCCUUAUAUACCAAUGACAUUACAUUUAAUAAUUUCAUUGGCGAUAUUUGGUUACGUUGGUGAACAUUUUCCAAAUAUUGCUCUCGUUUCACGAGGGUUAAGUAUCUCAACAAGCUUUGUUACUACGAUUUUGAAAAUAGUGUGUUUGAAAAUAAAUCAUAAAGACUUAACAGAGCUCCACGAACAUCUUCAUCCAUAUUUCAACAAAUUAUUAAAAGACUCGAAAUUAUCGGAGCUCAUUUUAAAAGACGUCGAAAUGUUUAAGCUUGUAUCAUGGUCAUUAACUAUUUGUGUUGCCACUUGUCUAGGAUCUUAUAUUCUUACUCCACUGAGUUUUAUAAUAAGUUGUUAUAUUCAUCAUAUUGAAAUUACAAAGUAUCCACUCAUAUAUCCAUGCAGUUAUCCGUGGACGAUAACCUCCAAUGGAAUUGUUUAUCAAAUUCAUUUUGUUUUUGAAACAUGUUGUGGAUUAGCAAUGUUCUUCGUUUCUACGAGUGUUGAUAUAUUAUUUCCGUUUUAUAUUUUUCAAAUGAUUGCUCAGUUUCGUGAAAUCUCGUAUAACAUCACGCAUAUUGAUGACGAUGAUGAUGAUAACAGUAUUCUAGAUAAAUGUGUAACUCAAUAUGAAAGAUUAAUGAGAUGUCGCGAUAUACUGGAAAAAAUUUGGGGACCGAUUAUUCUUUGGAGUGUAACGACUAAUGCCAUUGUCCUUUGUACAGUACUAUUUCAAAUAUCAAAGAUGAGAAGUAUAACAAUCGUGAAAGGAUUGUUAUUAGUUGCAUAUGUUGGAUUGAAAUUGGGGCAGACUUUUAUUUAUGCAUGGAGUGGAUCUUGUUUAAUUGAUGAGAGUGAAGUUUAUAGAGAUGCUAUUUAUGCUGCCAAUUGGUUCGGAAAUAAACGUCUUAUGACUUCAAUUGUCAUGAUGCUAACACAGAGACCUUUGACUUUAACAGCCUGCAAUUUUUCAAUUGUUUCUGUCAAAAUUUUCAUCACGUUCCUCAAUACAGCAGUUUCUUACUUUUUUCUUCUGCAAACCCUUGAUGAUAAGGAGUAA